AUGAAGGCAGUCGCAGUUAUCUCGGCACUUGCUGCCGCUUCGACCGUCGCAGCCAUUACAGACACUCAGAUUCUGCAAUUCGCUCUCACACUCGAACAUCUGGAAUCUACCUUCUACAAGGGCGUCCUUGCUCGCUUUGAUGCCCAUGACUUUGCCAAAGCUGGCUACGGACCUUCAGUCAGACAGCGCAUCGUCGAGCUCGGCAGCGACGAACAGACCCACGUCAAUUAUCUCACCGCUGCGCUCAAGCAGGAUGCGGUUGGCCCAUGCAAGUACUCGUUCCCUUAUAACAGUGUGACCGGCGCAUUGGGCUUGGCCAGAGUGCUCGAAUCGGUUGGCGUGUCGGCUUAUCUAGGAGCAGCCCCUGCCAUCAGCUCGCCUGCCUAUCUCGAGGUUGCCGGUUCUAUCCUUUCGGUCGAAGCGCGUCAUCAAGGCUACGUGGCAGAAACUCAGAAGCAGUCCGGCUUCCCGAGCCCCUUCGAUAUCGGCAUUGAUCCCUCGCAAGCAUACACGCUCGCUGCGCAAUUCAUCGUGCCUGGCUCGUGUCCUGCUGCUGUCGGCGCAUUGCCAGUCCAGGAUUUCCCCGCACUCACUGUAGAGACGGCCUCGCCCGCAGCUGGCAAGCCAAUCUCUUUCAAGUUUGCGUCCAAGUCCUCAGCUCAGAAGUACGCUCACUUCAUCUUUGCCAACGCUGGCGGCGCGAUGGAUAUCGGUCUGCCUCUCAACUCCAAGGACACCGUCACUUUCCCCAAGGGCGCACUUGGCCCAGUCUACAUCAUCAUCACUGACUCUGCCGACGCUGUCACUGAUGCUCACACGAUUGCCGGACCUGCCAUCGUUCAGCUCAGCGACCCCGAUGUGUCCUCCAAGCCAUGGGGCAAGCCUGCCAAGAGCCACAAGAAGAAGCCCUGCAAGAAGUCCCACAAGGCCUAA